AACUUGUAUAAAUGACAGUUGACAUAAUUGCGCAAUUAAAAUGGUGUUAAUUUAUUAUAUGAUUGUUUUCAAAUGAUUUCGGGUCCAAAGUUCGCAUUUUCCGCGAGAAACAUUCAGUGCGUGCAACGAAAUCGUCAAGAAUGUCCGAAAGUCCGCGCGUCCUCUCAAUCCAAAGUCACGUCGUUUCAGGUUAUGUUGGGAACAAAAGUGCAACUUUUCCCCUUCAACUUUUGGGCUUUGAAGUGGAUUUUAUCAAUUCAGUCCAGUUUUGCAACCACACUGGUUACAAAAAGGUAGCCGGUCAAGUCUUGACUGAGAAGGAUUUGGACGAUUUGGCUUUGGGACUUGAGGCGAACAAUUUGGACUUGUACAGCCACCUUUUGACGGGCUAUAUUGGAGCUGCAAGUUUUCUGACGAGGAUAUGUGCCUUGGUCAAACACUUGAAGGAUGUCAACCCAUCCCUGACGUAUGUUUGCGACCCUGUGAUGGGCGACAAUGGGCGGAUGUACGUCCCAGCCGACUUGCUCCCAAUUUACAAGAGCAGUAUUUUACCAUUGGCUGACAUAAUCACACCGAAUCAGUACGAAGUGGAGCUGCUCACUGAUAUGAAGAUCAACAAUGUGGAAGAGGCUUGGAAGGCUGUGGAUUUUUUGCACAGCAAGGGCCCCAAAAUCGUCGUUGUCUCGUCCACAGAAUUGGGAAAUAACGAACACUUAUUGGCUUUAGCGAGCAAGAGACAGGGAAAUAGUUGUGAAAAGGUUACUAUAAGGGUUCCGAAAUUAUCUGGCUCGUUUACCGGGACUGGGGAUUUAUUUGCCGCGUUAUUUUUAGCCUGGAUGCACAAAACUGGAAAUAACUUGAAGGAAUCGCUGGAGAAGACCGUGUCGACACUUCAGGCCGUUCUGAAACGUACGAUUGAGAGUGCAAGGGGCGAAGUCACCCCAAGGGCUAAAGAAUUGAAGUUGAUUCAAAGUAAGAAAGAUAUUGAGAAUCCGACGAUUGUUGCGUCAGCUAGUGUUGUUUGAGUUUGCACCAAAGAUUAGUGUGAUAACAAAAGUUACCAAUUGUCUUCCAUACAAAGCGUAAAUUACACAUAAUUUGUUAUUGUAUACUUUUGUUUGUUGGAGUAUUAAAUAUAAGUACUUAAUCCAG